ACAACCUCGAAUCCUCGCUAUCUCAGCGUCACCACUGCAGCAGCUCGCAGUUACAACUGCCUGAAACAGGGGGCAGACUCUCUCUCUCCCCUCCCCAUGACCCUCUGGUGACCCGGAUGAGACCGGUCCAGCCCCGCGGUGCUUCCCUUCCCGCUGUCCGGAGGACGGAGCUCUGUCCCGGGAUGUCUCUGGCAGAAUCCCCGCCGCGCUGCGGGCUUCAGGCCCUCACGAUUUCGGUGUCGGAGCAGCUGACCCGGGCUGGGGAAGAGGUGUUGGGGCUGCUGGAUGAGCGGAGCGGCCUCCCCGGAGGCUCCGCAGGGCGCCGGCUGCUCCUCCUGCUGCGGCCGCUGCUCAGAGAGCGGCUGGCGGCGGCGGCGGAGCGGAUCGUCGGGCUGCUGCAGCGGGAGGUGGAGCAGCUCCGGGGGCAGCUGGAACGGCAGGGCCGGCUGCUGGAGGCGGUGCUGAGCCCGGAGGUCCGGCUGACCCGGACAGACGCCAUCAGGACUACCAGUGCGGCUGAUAACCAGCUGUCUGAGGUCACCCCCCCCACAGCACCGCUCAGCGCCUCUGUCGUCUCUACAGCCGACAGCGAGGAUGACUGGCGGGGAAGCGAAGAUUCGUCCAAUAAUACAGAAGCACUCGGGACGACCAGAGGACGCCGGAGAUGCCCAGCGGGCCGGCCGGCAGCUCACCGCUGUGUUAUCUGUGGAAAAACUUUCCACCACAAAAGGAAUCUGGUUAAACAUGCGGAAACACACGAGGACACCUCACGGUGUGGCGUCUGCGGACAACAUGUGGAGUCCUCGGGUGGUUUGUUCGACCAUCUCAGAUCUCACAGAGACACUGGCGGUGGCGGGACGUGUGAGAUCUGCGGGAAGAUGUUUCAGAACAUGGAGACGCACAUGAGGAGUCACACGGGAGUGAAACCGUUCAGCUGCGACGUCUGCGGCAAGAGCUUCUCCCACCCCGGUGAGCUGCGGCGCCACAAGAAGAUCCACAGCAGGAGGAUGCUCGCCGUCUGCCCGGUCUGUGGGAGGAGCUUCACCCACAACGAGGUGCUGCAGGAUCACCUGAAGACCCACGAAAAAGAAGACGAGGGAGACCAGAGAGAGAAUGGCGAGGACGAGGCAAUGAAACCAAAGAGCGACAGGAAGCCCCAGGGGUCUUCGCUCCGCUGCAAAGUCUGCAGUGACUCCUUCCACAGCCGGGGCUUCUUGAGGAAACAUGCAGAGACGCACUGCCGGGACGCUCAGAGCAUCUGCGACGAGCAGCUGGACUUGCCUGCCGCUCUGCUGACUCACCUGCAGUCUCACAGAGAGACAAGCGGCACCUGCAGGAUCUGCGAGAAGAGUUUCCAGAAUAUGGAGACGCACAUGCGGAGCCACACGGGGGUCAAACCGUACUGCUGCGCUGUCUGCAACAAGCGCUUCCCCCGCCUCGGAGCGCUGCGGCGCCACAAGAAGAUCCAUAGUGGGGAGCGGCCGCACGUCUGCCACAGCUGUGGAAAGACAUUCAUUGAGAGCAGCGCCUUAAAGACUCACAGCAGAAGCCACUCCUGGGAGGACAGCGAGCCUCCGCCGCUACCUCAGAGCCCAAAGUCGGACACGGAGAAGAGUGCGAAUGUUGAGAAGAACGCCACGGUGUCGCCUGGCUGCUGUAAAGUCUGCGGGAAGUCUUUUCAGAGUAAAGGUAGUUUGAGGAAACACGCCAAAAGUCACACAGCAGAGGCCGUCUGCGGCGUCUGCGGUGACAGUUUACCGACAUCCGAGCCGCUGACGGAGCACCUACAGACUCACAGAGAUGCCGGAAAAAUAUGUCACAUCUGCGGUAAAACCUACCAGAACAUCGAGAUGCACAUGCGGAGUCACACUGGUGUGAAGCCAUUCUGCUGCGCUGUCUGCGGCAAAUCCUUCCCGCGGCCAGGUGCCCUGCGGCGCCACAAGCGGAUCCACAGCGGGGAGCGACCGUACAUCUGCGAGUUCUGCGGAAAGACGUUCAUAGAUAACGGCACUCUGACGACGCACAUCAGGAACCACACUGGAGACAAACCGGCACAGCGCGUCUCCUGCGAGACCUGCGGGAAGAGCCUGGCGUCGGUCCACGUGCUGGAGGUGCACAAGAGGAUCCACACGGGCGAGAAGCCUUUCCAGUGUCGCGUCUGCGGUAAGGCCUUCAGGCAGGUGGGAGGGCUGAAAGCCCAUAUGCUGACGCACACUGGGGAGAAGCCAUUCAGCUGCAGCCUCUGCAGCAAGAGCUUCAGCACCAAAGGUUACCUGGAGACGCACAUCCGCUUCCACAAGAAGGAGCGUGCCUUCAGCUGUAGCCUCUGCUGGAAGGCCUUCGUCACCAAGAACGACCUGAAGAAGCAUCUGCUGACGCACAGCGGGGAGAAACCCUACGGCUGCUCCGUCUGCGGCAAGACCUACCAGGAGAAACGCUCAAGAGACGUCCACAUGCGGGUCCACCGGGACGCCAAGGAGCAGGACGAGUUGACUGACUUCAUCCAGCUGUAGACUGACUUUAUCCAGCUGUAGAGUGACUUCAUCCAGCUGUAGACUGACUUCAUCCAACUAUUGACUUCAUCCAGCUGUAGACUGACUUCAUCCAACUAUUGAUUUCAACCAGCUGUAGACUGACUUCAUCCAACUAUUGACUUCAUCCAGCUGUAGACUGACCUGUGGGGAUAUUUAUGAAGAAUAAAUAUAUUUCUUUAAAAAAGAAAGAUGUUUUAUUUUUCCAACAGUGAAAUCAGCUGGUUAAAAUAUUAUAGUCAUAAAUGUUGUUUUAAAAAAAUAUACAUACAUGUUCAUAGUUUAAAUAUAAUGUUCAGUGAGUCAAACAUACACGUCACAUUUUAAAAUAAUUUACAUAAUAAAUAAAAAAAUCUGGUCAUUGAUUGAUACAAGAUGUUGAUUCCAUAAUAUCAUUACAUCAUGAAUCUACAAUGAUAUUUUUUAAAGAAGUCUAUCAUAAAGUGUGUAUCCGACACACACAGUCAUUAAACACAUUAACAGCAGGAUAUAAUAAAAUCCCGCUUUCUAUGAUCUCAGCUUCACAUCUGGAGCUCUGAAUCAGUUUUACUUUUUACUAUUUUCAGCAGUUUGAGACGUUUUCUCGAGCUGUUUCCUGUUCGAACUUUACAAAUGCAUAAAAAUACAGUUGGUGACAAUCAGUCACCUCUCACUGUGGGGAAAAGUAAAUAAUCCCCCAAGUAUUUAGUUAACAUAAUAUACAUACAGUACAUGUGUGUGUGUGUGUGUAUACAUAUAUAUAUAUAUUUAUAUUUUUUUGUGUAUUUUAUAUAUUUUCUUUUCUCAUAAAAAACAAUGGUGGCAAUUGUAAACAAUGAAUGAAUAUUUGUCGUUAUGAUUACAGGGCUGAAGUUUGUUAAAAUAUUGAACUCAGUAAAAGUGGAAAAAUAAUAUUAUAUAUCAUUUUUGUAUAGUUUUAAUGGUGAGAUUGUUUUAAUCUGACACAAAAAUGCAUCUAAAUCAAUGUUGUUGAUAAUCAUUGACAUCUCUGAAUUAAAAACAA